AGAAUAGUUGAAAUUUUUUUUGUGCAUCAAAUGAUGCUCAUUCGAAUGACCAGAUGACCAUAUUUCAAUAACAAUGUCGUCAAAAAGUCAUUCCAUUUUUCGAUCAAACCGUUGUUGUUUGAUAAUAACCGGUGCUAGUAAAGGAUUUGGUCGUAUUUUGGCUAAAAAAUUUGCCAAUCAAUUUUCCGAUCAAUUUACAGAUGAUAAAGAAUCGAUUAUAAAAUUUAUAUUAAUUGCACGUAAUGUAAAUGAAAUUGAUUCGCUUGCAAAUGAACUUCGAUCAAUUGAUUCAAGAAUUAAUAUAUCAAAAAUAAUAACCGAUCUUGCCGAAACAAAAGCAAUCGAUGAUAUAAGCCAGGAAUUUGAACGAAAUCAAAAUAAUCUAUCUAGACCGUAUGAUCAUUAUAUAUUGAUUCAUAAUGCUGGAUCGAUUGGAAAAGCAACUGAAUUAUGCAAAACAGUCAAUGUCAAUGAUGCUGAUAAACGUAAUGCAUAUUAUCGUUUGAAUCUUUAUUCAGUUAUGGAAAUGACCGGUAUUUUUCUUCGUCAUAUCGAAACUAAACCAAACGUAUCCCAUUGCCAUAUAAUUAAUGUAUCAUCAUUGGCUGCCAUUCAACCAAUGUCAGGAAUGUUGGAUUAUUGUGUAGGAAAAGCGGCAAGAGAAGCUUAUUUCAAGCAAUUAUCAAAUGAAUUAACAGCCAAUAAUGAUUCGAAAAGAACAAAAACAAAAUAUCGAUUAUUAAACUAUGCACCAGGUCCAUUGGAUACAGAAAUGUUUCGCCAACUUCAACAGGAAUCUACACUUCAAGAACAAUUUCGAGAGAUCAUACCACUAAAGCCGGAAGAUUCUGCAGAUAAAUUGUUUCAAAUUUUACAUGAAGAUAAAUUUGCUAACGCUGCUCAUGUUGAUUAUUAUGAUUAAAUUGAUGAAUUUAUUUUUCACAUAAUAAAUUAUCAAAUAAAUUGAAUGAAUAACUUUCAA